AUGUCUGACGUUGAACUAACCAAAGGUGAUUUCCAUGCUAUUUUUACAAAGCAAGAGAGACAUAAUAAUCCAAGUAAUGGUGUUUAUCAAGUCUAUAAUACUAGGAAAAAUGAUAAUGGCAACGCUAACAGAAAGAAUUUGAUUAUGAUAUCUGAUAGUAUUUACCACAUGAAGGCUUUAUUAAGAAAUGAAGCUGCUACCAAAUUUCAAAAUCAAGAAUUACAGAGGGGUGAUAUUAUUCGUGUCUUAGUUACUGAACCAGUUAUUGUUAAAGAGAGAAAGAAAUUCGUCUUAUUGAUCGAUGAUUAUGAGGUGUUGAAAACUGGGUCUGAACUGAUUAAUCAAUCAAGUGAGUUCCUAGAUUCUUAUUUCUCUCACCAUCAAAAUGAAAUUGUCGGUGGCGAUGACGGUGCUAAUGCAACUAAGGAAACCCCGCCAUCCAAUCAAGUCUCAACAAAUGACAAUAAUGCAAGCUCUUUUAAUAAUGCAAAUGUUGCAUCCGCCAUCUCCUCUGAAACAGGCUCUCAAAGAUCUAGACCAAUUUCUGCCAUUGAACAAUUAUCUCCUUACCAAAACAUCUGGACUAUUAAGGCUCGUGUUUCUUUUAAAGGUGAUAUUAAAACAUGGCAUAAUCAAAAAGGUGAAGGUAAACUAUUCAAUGUUAACUUUUUAGACACAUCUGGUGAAAUCAGAGCUACUGCUUUCAAUGACAUGGCUACAAAAUUUAAUGAGAUAUUACAAGAAGGUAAAGUUUAUUAUGUUUCAAAAGCUAGACUGCAACCAGCCAAACCUCAAUUUUCGAAUCUAAGUCAUCCAUAUGAGCUAAGUAUGGAUAGAGAAACUAUUAUUGAAGAAUGUAAAGAUGAAAGUAAUGUCCCAAAAACACAUUUCAAUUUUGUUAAAUUAAACGUAGUCGAGAACCAAGAAGCUAAUUCAACAAUUGAUGUGUUAGGUGUCAUCCAAACUGUCAAUCCACAUUUUGAAUUAGUUUCAAAAGCUGGCAAAAAGUUUGAUCGUCGUGAUAUAACCAUUGUCGAUGACACAAGUUACUCUAUCAGCGUCGGUUUAUGGAAUCAACAAGCUACUGAUUUCAAUCUCCCAGAAGGUUCGAUCGUGGCUAUUAAGGGUGUUCGUGUUUCUGAUUUUGGUGGAAAAUCCUUAUCAAUGGGCUUUAGCAGCACUUUGAUUCCUAACCCUGAAGUUCAAGAAGCAUAUGCUUUGAAAGGUUGGUAUGAUGCAAAUGGUAAGAAUUCCAAUUUUACAUCAUUAAAACAGGAAGGUGGAGCUGUUUCAGCACAAAACUUAAUUAAAUUUAUUUCAGAACGUACAACAAUUGCUAAGGCUCAAGCAGACAAUCUAGGUAGAAGCGAGAAAGGUGACUAUUUUAGUGUAAAAGCUUCAAUUAGUUUUCUAAAGGUAGAUAAUUUUGCAUACCCAGCAUGUUCCAGCGACGAUUGUAAUAAAAAGGUUUUAGAAAAUCCUGAUGGUACUUGGAGAUGUGAGAGAUGUAACAAGAAUCAAGAAUCACCAGAAUACAGAUAUAUGUUAACUAUUUCUAUCAUCGAUGAAACAGGGCAAAUGUGGUUAACUUUAUUUAACGAUCAAGCUAAACAAUUAUUAGGAGUUGAUGCAAAUAAAUUAACAGAAUUGAGAGAUACAGAUGCAGAUGCAUUCACAAAAACCACGCAAGAUAUCCAAAUGAAUCCAUAUGAUUUUAGAAUAAGAGCAAGAGAAGAUAAUUAUAAUGACCAGACCAGAAUUAGGUACACGGUUAGCAAUCUUCAUAAUUUGAAUUAUAAAGUUGAAGCUGACUAUCUAGCAGGCGAGCUAACUAGUGCUUUAAUAUUUUGA